AUGCAAUUGUCUGGCACAUGGUCCUUCCUUAAUGGCCUCAUCGCAACCCUACUCUUCUCAAAUUUAACGUUUGCGAUCGAAAUAGACAUCAACGAUAAAGAGUCAAUCAAAGAUGCCGCAAGUACGAGUACUUAUGCUAUGAUGGGGUGGUAUGCCGGUAAUGAGACUGGACAAAUCCCUGGCUCAUUCCCAGAAAAAUGGUGGGAAGGGUCUACUCUCUUCCUCGCGCUACUUCAAUACUGGCAUUUCACCGGCGACGAGACAUAUAACCCUCAGGUGAGCCAAGGAAUGCAGUGGCAAUCUGGCGAUGAGGGUAACUACAUGCCAAGCAACUACAGUAGCUACCUGGGAAAUGACGACCAAAUGUUCUGGGGACUUGCAGCCAUGAUGGCCGCCGAGCUAAAAUUCCCCGAUGUUGAAGACGGAUUCUCGUGGCUUUCGCUAGCACAGGGUGUAUUCAACACGCAAACUGCCCGGUGGGAUACGACAACAUGUGGUGGCGGUCUGCGUUGGCAGCUUUUCCCUUACCAGGACGGAUAUACCAUGAAGAAUUCCAUAUCGAAUGGCGGUUUAUUCCAGCUGGCUGCACGCCUAGCCCGCUACACGAAUGACGACAAGUAUAUCAAGUGGGCCGAGAAGAUUUGGGAUUGGUCCACUUCCUCUGUUCUGGUGAACAACAAGACGUGGAGCGUCGCCGACUCAACGGACAUGGCCAAUGAUUGUGCUGAUUCUGGUGACUACCAGUGGUCCUAUAAUUAUGGCACCUAUUUGAUGGGUGCUGCCUAUAUGUACAAUUUUACAGAUGGAGCUGAAAAAUGGAAGAAGCCAGUGGAUGGUCUUUUAGGCAAAACAUUCAAGACCUUCUUCCCGCACGGCGAUGUCUUCGAAGACAUCACCUGCGAGCCGAUCAAAAAGUGCAACUUCAACGAAAUUCUCUUCAAGGGUCUCACCUCAUCAUGGCUCGCAUUCACCGCGCUCUUGGUCCCCGAUACAGCAGAGCUGAUCAAACCGAAACUCGCAAGUUCUGCCGAAGCCGCUGCAAAGUCCUGCACAGGAAACAACAAUCAGUCAUGCGGAAUCACCUGGUACCAGAACAAGUGGGACGGGACAACUGGCAUGGAGCAAGAGAUCAGCGUAACGAAUGUCUUCCUUGCAAAUAUGAUUAACUUUGACACCGGCACGUUUGGCCCUGUCACAUCCAAGACUGGUGGACGCAGCUCUAGUGAUCCUAAUGCCGGUGACGGCAAGGGGAAGGACGGCGAUGACUCCGAGGAUAAGCCUAUUACGACUGGGGACAGGGCUGGUGCUGGUAUUUUGACGGUGAUCUUUAUCGCUGGAUGGGCUGGAUCCAUGGCAUGGAUGAUGAUUGGUGCCUGA